CAGUGAGAUGCGGCGACCAGCACUUGACUUGUGGACGAGCGUCGCACUUGAAGGAUGAUGCAGUGGGAAAUGAGGAGCUUGGCCAAGUUCUUGAUGGUGGUGGUUACCAUGACAACCGUUGUUAAGGCCUCUGUGCCUGGUCUUAAUGACCGCCGCUACCCUGACUACAUCGUGAAACCCCAAGUGGAGUGUAUGAAGGAAGGAGUGUUCCCUCACCCCAGGAACUGUAGCUGGUAUUUCAGUUGCGUCGACCGUAUGAAGGUUGGUUUCUACAACACAUUCUACUUCGAGUGUGAACCUGGUACUGUCUUCAACGACGGGCUGGACCAGUGUGUGUUCCCCUACCUCACCUCGCCUCCCUGUGGCACUAACGGGACAGGAUCCAGUACGACAGUUAAACCACCUGUUCUAUGCCAGAAAUUUCACUCCAGCAGCUGUCAAGUGUAUGAGUUGUGCCGACCAUUGAGGACCACCAAGACCCUGUGUACUGGCUGCUUCACAUACUUUGGUUACACCAGGGCUAAGGAUCUUUGUAAGAUGAAGGGGAAACUCGUUGAUAAGAAUACGCAGCUAUGCGUCCAGCAACCCACGAGGUCGGACCUGUGCCGUGUUACCCCCACCAACACAUUUCCCCCACCGACCGUGAGUCCUCCCCAACGUAAUCUUGGGUGCACAGAACAGAACAAACGGCCCUACGAGACCUGGAUAGGCAUGGACCACUGUCAAGACUAUCACUUUUGUACUCCCUCAAACACGUAUCUGUAUCAAAAGAAGCUGUGUCGCGAGUACUUCCAGUGCUUUAAGAUGGCCAACGGCUUCUGGGACUACACGAAAGAGAAAUGUGACCUCGGUGAACUGUACAGCUACAAGACAAAUGGAUGUGUCAAGGAACCUAGAGCGAAUGAGCUGUGUAACACGUCACCCUAGAGACAUGUUCUUUGAUCCCUGCCUCUUGACACCCACUACUGACACUCGCAAGUUGACACCAGUCAAUUACCAUCUACCACUUGACACCUGUCAAUUGAAACUUAAUUUUAUGCCAGCUACUUGGCGGCACUUCAUUCUAUGCCAGUUACUAGACACUUCAUUCUGUACCAGCUACUUUCACUUCAUUCUAUGUCAGUUACUUGGCAAUUCAUUCCAUGCCUGAUACUUGGCACUUCAUUCUCUGCCAGCUAAUUGGAACUUCAUUCUAUGCCAAUUUUGACACUCAAUCUAUGCCAACUACUUGACACUUCUUUCUAUGCCUGCUACAUGGCACUUCAUUCUAUGCCUGCUUCUUGGCACUUUAUUCUAUGCUAGCUACUUGGCACUUUAUUUUAUGCCAACUAUUUGACACUUCAUUCAAUGUCAACUACUUGACACUUCAUUCUAUGCCAGCUACAUGGAGCUUCAUUCUAUACCAGCUACUUGGCAUUUCAUUCUCCGCCAGCCGCUUGACACCUGAAGGAGACGCUGGGAUACAAUCAUCGCACUAAGGAAGAAGACUCCCUGAGAAGAGUAUUAUAAUAUUUUCGGAUACACAACCUCUCCUCCACUAAGUCUGGAAUACAAUGGUCGAUCUUCACGAAAUGAAAAUAUCUGGGAAAAUGUUUAUUUUAUUUAUUAUUCAUUUUUUUUGCUUUAUUUAGUUAUUGAAACUCAGACUUUCCUGAAAUGAUUGAUGGAUGAAUUUCGUGCAUGAGGUUGUCUGUUUGAAGUACUAUACUGCGCAUCUUGACGUAGCUAAUGAUGUAUUCAUGAUCGCUCUACUGAUACCAGGGUUUACAGUGCCAGGUGAUAUUAUCUACACACACACACACACACACUACUACUACUACUUUUCUGUCACUCGGAAUCGAGUAUGACGAUCA